AUAUAUCUAUGUAUAUAUGUAGAACAAUGUCUCUCUGAGAUAUUUAUUUACGUACGGAUACAAGAACUAUUUCACACCACCUGUACGAAUAUAAUGCAAUAUAUCUGUCUGGCAGAGAAUCAUCUGCACUUACAUUUUUGCUGGAGUAUGAAAUGUUUUAUUUAAAUACUAUUAUUACUAAUAAUAAACAUGCAUAGCCAAUUGAUCUGUAUCUGGAGCAGAAAGCCUAGCUAACAAAGAAAGUUGAUGAUCACUUUGUUGAUAAACAUGAUCUCUGACUGGGGUUGGGUAACACAAUUAAAGCCUGGAUAUCCUGAAUUUGCUUCCCAAGAUGCCCCCAGGUAACUAGUUGUUUCCUGCAGUGAACUACUUGUUUCUCUUUCAAAGAACAACAACAAAGCUUGUCUCUGGACAUGUGACAGUGAUGUUGAGGUCUUUAAGAAACAGACAGCUGUGACGCUGAUUGGAAAAACAACAAAGGCCAUAUUGUCUCUGUUCAGUGGCAUAAUCUGACUGAUUAGUAAAAUGUGUUUUGACUUGAAAUAUUUCACUUCAACUACUAAAUGUAAAUCAUGCUCAGUGUUGUUGCUUUUUUCUGUACAGCUCAUAUUUUUGGUGUCCUCUCAGUUUACACAGUAGAGGUGGUUUCAGGGGUGGAGACUGUCCUGUUACCCUGCAAAACCAGGACUAACCUGCCUGAAGAUGCUAGAGUGGAGUGGAUGGACAGUGACUAUGAGAAGGUCCAUGUUUAUCAGAAUGGCUUUGACCAGCUGGAAGAACAAGACCAAGAUUAUAAAGAUCGAACACAGAUGAAUAAAGAACUGGUGAGAACUGGAGACCUCAGUCUGACCCUGAAGUACCCCACAGACUGGGACACUGACAUCUACACCUGCACCGUCUACAGCAGGGAGGGAAACAUCCUGAAAAAGAAACAAGUGAAGCUGAAAGUCAGAGGUAUCAAGGUGAACGGGGUUUCAGACAGUGAGUCUGUCCAACUGCCCUUCACAACCACAGAAAGUCUGCCUGAAGAUGUAAAAGCAGAGUGGAUAGACAGAGAGAACAGGAAGGUCCACGUGUAUAAGAACGGUUCUGACCGGCUUGAAGAACAGGACAAGGUUUACAGAGGCCGAACACAGGUGAAUAAAGACCUGCUGAAAGCUGGAGACCUCAGUCUGACCCUGAAAUACCCCACAGACUGGGACACAAAGACAUACACCUGCACCGUCUACAAGGAGGGAAACAUCCUGAUGAAGAAACAAGUGGAGCUGAAAGUCCAAGUCUGUCAGGUGGAGGUGGAGGAGGGGGCGGAGUCUGUCAAGCUGCCCUUCAAAACAACAGAAAACCUGCCCGAAGAUGCCAAAGUGCAGUGGAAGGUCAGUGGUGAUAGGAUGGUCCAUGUGUUUAAGAACGGCUCUGAUCAGCCUGAAGAACAGCACCAGUUUUACAGAGACCGGACGAAGAUGAAUGAAGACCUGCUGAGAACUGGAGACCUCAGUCUGACCCUGAAACAGCCCACAGAGAGAGACAGUGGAGGAUACAGAUGUAAAGUCUACGGGAAGAUCAAUAGAUACAAAAAAGUACUGCUCAAAGUCAAAAUCACAGUCCCCAAAGUGCAGGUGGAUUCAGGCAUUGAGUCUGUUCAACUGCCCGUUGAAAUCAAAGCUCACCUGCCCAAAGACGUUAAAGUGGAGUGGAAAGAUGGUUCAUACAGAAAGAUCCACAUAUAUCAGAACGGUUCUGAUCAGUUUGAAGAACAGCACCAGGUUUACAGAGACCGAACAGAGAUUAAUGAAGACCUGCUGAACACUGGAGACCUCAGUCUGACCUUGAAAUACCCCACAGACUGGGACACAAACACCUACACCUGCAUCCUCCUCAGCAGGGAGGGAAAGAUUCUGCUGAAGAGAAAGGUGGAGCUGAAGGUCAGAGUCUGUCAGGUGGAGGUGGAGGAGGGGGUGGGAUCUGUCCAGCUGCCCUUCAAAACAACAGAAAACCUGCCUGAAGAUGCCAAAGUGCAGUGGAAGACCAGUGGUGAUAGGAUGGUCCACGUGUAUAAGAACGGUUCUGAUCUGCCUGAAGAACAGCACCAGGUUUACAGAGACCGAACGAAGAUGAAUGAAGACCUGCUGAAAACUGGAGACCUCAGUCUGACCCUGAAACAGCCCACAGAGAGAGACAGUGGAGAAUACAGAUGUGUAGUCAAAACAGAGGAGAUCAAGAGAUACAAAACAGUGUUGCUCACAGUCAAAGGGAGAGUUCAGGUCCAGGAUCAAACAGGGGACAUCAGGAACAGAAGCAGCUCCAUUGAUCCGACUCCUCUGAUGGCUGAUCAAUCAGUUUGAUCUGUGUGUUCUUUGAUUAUUGAUCAGUGAUGUCAGAGUGGAGUCAGUGUGAUGUUGUUGUUGUGUGUUUGAGACUUUUAGUGUCCAUGAAGGUCUCUGCUGCCGUAGAUCCUCUGAACUGUGACAGAGGUCUCACUCUGGAGGAAACUCUCAGCAUUUUCAUUUUAUUUACAGCACUUGAGAUUAUUUAUUUAUUAUUGAUUAUGAUCGUGGCUCAAGAGUUGGGAGUUCGCCUUGUAAUCGGAAGGUUGC